AUGUCUGACUUACAACAUUCAUCCCUCGAGCUCCGAUCGGUCAAGCGUCGUCAUAAGGCCUUGAACACCACUUUCGUCGGCAUUGAGCAUCCGCUCUCAACGCCUGAAGCUCCCGUACACCAGUUCCUCGGAAUCAAAUACGCUUCUAUCCCUGCACGUUUCCGCCAGUCGAUACUUCACACCACGUAUCCACCACUCACUGACGCCUCAAAACACGGUCCAAUAUGUCCGCAAGCAGCCAACUGCAAACCAGCAGAGGAAUUACUCUUCGGCGUCGCUGACAGCGAGCUCCCUUCGCAGACGCUGAAGCACGACGAAUUCGAAUGCCUCAAUCUCAAUAUCACAUGCCCCGCCGGGCUGACUGCAAACUCGAGAGUACCCGUCAUGCUCUGGAUUCAUGGAGGCGCUGGUUCUAGCUGGGUUUACGAUGGCAUCCACCUCGUUCAGAAAGGCAUGGAGGUUGGCAAACUCGUCAUUGUGGUCACUUUCAAUUACCGGAUAGGACUUUUGGGUUUCGCUGCAAGUCCCAUGCUUCAGGAAGACAACAAGCUCUCCGGUGACGAAGGAACCGGGAACUACGGCCUGCGCGACCAACAGAGAUGCCUCGAGUGGCUUCAUCGCCAUAUUGGCGAGUUCGGCGGCGAUCCAACCAAUAUUACCCUCUUCGGUGCAUCCUCGGGCGCUGCUGACAUCAUCUGCCACCUUCUCUCAAAGGCCAACGAGACCAAGCCGAGUUUUGCCCGUGCUAUAGUUCAAAGUGCAGUCUUCGAGCCGACUGUUCCCGACGUGAACUCUGCAGGAUGGCAACUAUCACGCCUCAUGUCAUCUCUUCAAGUCACCGAUAUGGAAUCUUUGAGAGCACUGAAGGUAGAGAAGCUGUGCGGACUCGGACAGUGCCUUCGCGCUGUCGAUGAUGGUGUCUUCUUCCGAGAUGGAUGGAAGAGCUAUUUCUCGCAUUCACAUUCUCAUGAUGACGGCGAGAGGAGGAGCCAUCGAAGCACGAACAAGAAACAAACCCCACAUAUACCCAAAGAAAGCUUCCUCCGAGCUGUCUCCCCGACCCGCCUCUCCCCGAACCUCCUCACCGUACCUAGCAGAAGCAGAAGUCGAAGUCGAACCCGAAGUCUCACUCGACGGGAUCGGAGUAGGUCGAGGACGCCGGUUCGCGAACUGGUACAGCCGCUCAUCAUCGGUGACUGCUCCACGGAUUCUUUGCUGUGGUCGCUGCCAAUAUCCCUCUGGACUUCUGCUGCCGUCGUCAGACGUCUCAAGGCCAUCUGCCUUUCCCUCGCAAAGGCGAACACCAUCGCACGCGCGUACGAUAUCUCUUCCUAUACCCCUGAAGAAGAGAUUGCAGAACGAGUACUCGACCUUGUCAACGAUGCUCGAGUGGCUUGGCCGACGGAGUGCAUCUUCCAGAACGCGAAACGCGAACGCGGUGGGCGCGGUGUUUGGAGAUACGUGUUUGACCAGGAAGGUCCUGCGAGAGGCAUCCCCCACCAUGCAGCGGACAUCAUGUACCUCUUCGACACCGUUCCACUUCCCGAAUCCGUCCUCGCUUCCGCCCAGGAAGAUACCUUCUUCGACGGGCCGUUCGACGUCAGCGAUGACGAAGACGACCUGCAUUCACCCAUCGAUUUCAACGACGCAGACUGGGAGACCACGCCCGUCGACGAGUUUUCGUACACCCGCGUGAGGGACGCCAUGCAGGAGAGGUGGAUUGCCUUUGCGCAUGGGGAAGCUCCCUGGCGGGAAGACAGGGUCUUUGUUUUUGGACCUGAAGGCGAGACGGGCGAGCGCUCGGCGUCGAUCUUUGAGGGACGCAGGAGAAAGCAUGUGUGGAAAGAGGCCUUGGAGCCUCUUGGACACGCGCUCGUGCAAAAAAUCGGAGUCGAACUCAGCCGAGGACCGUGCGGCUCUCAGUGA